AUGCCCGUCACAAAGUUCCAUACAUCGGAGAAGUACAAAUAUCAAAAUGGUUUCGCUUCAUAUCAUGAAUCUGAAGCCAUCGCAGGUGCCCUUCCUAUAGGUGCCAAUUCUCCUCAGAAACCCCCUUGUGGUCUUUACGCAGAGAAGCUGUCCGGCACAGCAUUCACAGCACCACGACACGAGAAUCAACAAACAUGGCUGUAUCGCAUCCUUCCCGCCGCAUCACAUGAACCUUUUAUUCCUCGCGAAGCUUCAUCCUAUAACACCAACCCGGAAGGAAAUAAAUUACAUCAAAUACCAAAUCAGUUGAGAUGGGAUCCUUUUGACCUUGAUGAGACGGUGGAUUGGGUACACAGUUUGAAGUUGGUAGCUGGAGCUGGUGAUCCCACGUUGAAGCACGGAAUUGGAAUAUUUAUAUUUGCAGCUGGCAAGAGCAUGGCCACAAACGAAGCAUUCUAUAGUGCGGAUGGAGAUUUCCUGAUUGUGGCUCAACAUGGAGUAUUGGAUAUCCAGACUGAGCUCGGAAAUCUUCUCGUCCGACCAAAUGAGAUAUGUGUUAUUCCACGAGGAAUCCGAUAUCGAGUGGAACUUCCAGAGGGUCCGGUACGAGGAUAUAUCUUGGAAUUAUACUCGGGACACUUUCAGCUUCCGGAAUUGGGACCCAUUGGUUCGAAUUGUUUGGCCAAUGCGCGGGAUUUCCAAGCACCGGUUGCGAAUUUUGAACACAAUACCGAUGGCCAAUUUAAAAUUCUGUCGAAAUUUAAUGGACAUCUUUUUGAAGCUAGUCAAACACAUACACCAUUCGACGUCGUAGCUUGGCAUGGACUUUACUACCCAUACAAAUACGAUCUUGGACGAUUCAACACCAUCGGAAGUAUAUCAUUUGACCACCCCGACCCCAGUAUCUUCACCGUUCUCACCGCACCCUCCGACCACAUCGGCACCGCCAUUGCCGAUUUCGUGAUAUUUCCUCCACGCUGGCUCGUUGGCGAAGAUACAUUCCGACCACCCUGGUAUCACCGCAACACCAUGUCCGAAUUCAUGGGUCUUAUCGGCGGGGAAUACGACGCGAAAACUGGAGGGGGUUUCCAGGCUGCUGGAGCCAGUCUCCAUAAUAUUAUGUCGGCUCAUGGUCCUGAUGCGGGUACGCAUGUUAAGGCAUCGAAUGCAGAAUUGAAACCGGUGAAAGUUGGAGAGGGGAGUAUGGCGUUUAUGUUUGAGAGUUGUUUGAUGGUGGGGGUUACGGAGUGGGGUUUAAGGCAGUGUAGGAAGGUUCAGGAAAAUUAUAAUGAGGAGAGUUGGACGCCUUUGCAGGCGAGUUUUAAGAUUCCGGAGGGGGUGAGGAGGAUUAGUCAUUUGAUUGAGGGGGAAAUUUGA